UCGCGCAUGCGCAUUUCGUCAUCUUUCCCAGGAGCAAUGGCGUCUCCCUUUACUAUUCACAGGUUACAUAUGAGAGGAAGGAGUCGUCUUUUAAAAUGCCUAAACACAGUCGAAACAGUUUUCCGAAGGAGUGUUGGAACAGAGCCGAUAGUCGCCCAGACUGAGGGAGUUCAGGACAACGAUUGUGGAGAAAACGAUGCACCCAAAUCUUUGUAUGACCUCAUGGCACACAGACAAGAACAGGCGGAGAGAUCUGUUCUCAUCAGCUGCCCGUCCAGAACCAGCGAGAAAAAGUUCCUGAAGUUUUUAUCAAAGCAUGGAGACAUCAAGAAGCACUUCUUUUAUGAAAGUUACGGCGUCUACGCUGUCGUGGAGUUCGGCAGUCGGGAUAAUGUCGUCUCUCUGCUCGAUUCAGCCGCCAUUCCGAUCGUCAGCCAUGACUCCACGGUGCCCUUUAAAUCCAGACUCCUGGCCCUGAGAAAUCACAGCUCUUUGGACUCAGCAAGCCAACCGUCCAGCCUCCCCUGCCAGCCUCAGACCACGGUUCCCAUCAAUGAGCUCAUCCAGAGGCUAUCCAGGGAGGAGAGCAUAGAUGAGCAGAUAAGCUCCCUAACUGAGGCUUAUCAGCUUACAGAGGAAAACAGCAGGCUGCGCUUCCUCGUCUGCUCUCUGCUCAAAGACAUCGCUGCAGCUUAUUUCCCAGAAUGCACCAUCAGACCAUUCGGCUCGUCGGUGAACGGCUUCGGGAAGCUCGGCUGUGACCUGGACAUGUUCCUCGAUCUGGACAGUAUCAGUGGCUGGAAUCUCAAAAGGCCAAAAUCGGGUCUGUCUCUUGAGUACCAGAUGAAACGGACCAGCUCGGAGCGCCACGUCACCCAGAGCAUCUUGUCCGUCAUCGGGGAGUGCGUGGACCACUUUGGGCCUGGCUGUGUGGGGGUGCAGAAGAUUCUCAACGCUCGCUGCCCUCUGGUUCGAUUCGCCCACCAGCCCUCUGGCUUUCAGUGUGACCUGACGGCCAACAACAGGGUGGCAAUGAAGAGCACCGAGCUGCUCUACCUGUACGGUGAGCUGGACCCGCGGGUCCGCAGCCUGGUAUUCACCAUCCGCUGCUGGGCGCGGGCUCACAGCAUCACCAGCAGCAUCCCCGGAGCCUGGAUCUCCAACUUCUCCCUGACCGUCAUGGUGCUGUUCUUCCUCCAGAGGAGGACCCCUCCCAUCAUCCCUACACUAAACCAACUGCGGGAUCUAGCAGGUCCCGAAGACGAGAGCGUGAUUGAGGGCAACGACUGCACGUUUGUCACAGACUUCAGCAAGAUUGAGCUCCAGAGGAACACAGAUACGCUGGACCAACUGCUGAGUGACUUUUUUGAGUUCUACGCCACAUUUCCAUUCAGCAGGAUGUCCAUAAACAUCAGAAAGGGCAAAGAGCAGAACAAACCAGAGGUGGCGCCGCUGCACAUCCAGAAUCCUUUUGAGACGUCCCUUAACGUCAGCAAGAACGUCAACACCUCCCAGCUGGACCGCUUCGUGGCUUUGUGUCAGGAGAGCGCGUGGCUGCUCCAACAGAGUGAAACCAGAACGCCGAGGGGCGUAGGUGUGGGGGACACCCCCGCUGCGUGGGGCCUCGCCACCCUGCUCCUGCCCUCUCAGGUGGCAGGAAUCAAAGGUCGUAAGAAGCGAAAACGGGAGCCGGCCAGUGAGAGGAUUAAGAGCUUACUGGAAUCUCUGAAAAACAAAAACGAAGGAAAGAAAAGCUCGGACUCAUGAAGUUCACAGCAGAGUUUGAAACUUUUCACCCAUCUGCAGAGGCAGCAGCUGAAGAACUCUGGCUGCAGUCCCUGACAUGGACACCAGGGGGCGAUCCUGCCCCUAUAUGACUAGAGGCUGAGUGGAACUGUAGGGAUAUUAGCUGUUUACAUUACUGUAGACUUCCUACUUUGUUUUAAUAAACAAUACGGCUGACGACUGGA